AUGGCAUCCUUUAGCCCACUUGUUGCUAUUCUUAAUCAAAAGAAACUGACUGGGUACAACUAUGUUGACUGGAAAAAAAAUUUGGACAUUGUUCUUAUUGCUGAAAAGCACAAGUAUGUGCUUAGUCAACCAUUUCCUAACUUUCCAUCAUUAAAUGCUCCUCUUGAGGAAAAACAGCGAUAUGAUCGUUGGCAAAAAUCUAAUGAGAUGACCAAGUGCUAUAUCCUAGCAUCUAUUUCAAAUGUUCUACAGCAUCAAAUGCAGGAUGUAGAACUAGCUUUGGACAUAAUGUUAAGUCUGAAGGAGAUGUUUGGUGAGUAA